GUCCUCCCCGUCCACCUCCCCGCUCCGUCCUUGACAAAACCUCUCUGUUAUGAGAACCAUCCGUCCUCCGUCCCCCUCUCCCUCCGCCGACGAACUUGACACCUACAACCCUACCACCCCAGCCCGCCCCGUACUCGCCACAAAGCCAACAGGGCGUCCACGUGGAGGCAGUAAAUCCGCUGCAGGACCAUCUUCCAGACCCAGCACCAUCAAGAACGCGCCGAAACGGACGAACGGGACAGCCAAAGGGAAGCAGCCGGAGCAGAUCGUCAUAGACUCGUCCGAGGACGAACUUCAACCAAGUGCAGCUGAAGACGUUGAAGUUGUGGCGGUACACCCUCCAAGGGCUACAGCCAAGAAGGCCGCAGGACGCGCUUCUGACACCUCUGCGACGAACAAAGCGAAGUCUACCUUGGCGAAAGGCAAGGCGCGGGCUGAAGUGCAACCUCCACUGAGAUUAAACCCUGACGCGGCGCAUGAAGAUGACGCCAUGGACGUGGAUGGUGCUCACAGCCCCGACGAGAACGGGGACGAGCCGUCUAGAAAGCGUGUGCGGAGCGGGCCACCAGCAAAGGCGGCUAGGGCUGCUGCAGGACCCAAUCGGUCGACGAAGGAGCAGGAGGCCGUGACAAGGGAGAAGGCAAAGUUAGCGCAGGACAAUGAGGAUCUUCGUAAAGAGAUCGACACCCUCAAGUAUGAGAGGGAUCAGUACUCGAAGCAGCUCGAGGAGGCACUACAGAUACGACACACUGAGCCUGAGCAGGCGUUGCAAGAACAAUUGGCGUUGUACGAGAACAUGUUGAAAAACCAGCAGAUGUGGCAGAACCUGUCAAAUGCUGCCUCUUCUUCUACGAAGUCCCAGAUACCUCAUUUUCUAUCGCGUGAUGCUGCCGAUGCUGAGAAAGAGACGACGGAGAAGGAGGUUCGAAGGCUGAAGGAUGUGAUCAGACAAAAGGAUGCCCAGCUCGGGGACAAAGACAAACGAAUAUCAGACCUGGAGAGGGAAUUCACGGAGUUACGGUUCGAGCUCAAUCAAGAAAUCGAGAGGGGCAAGACACUAGCUGCUCGGUCGCAGACAGCUGCACCUGUGCGCUCAGCCGUCAAGUCAGAUGGGGACCCCAGGAACGCGGCGGUCAUCAAGCUCUAUGAGGAUAUGACCAACCUCCUGAUCAUUUCGGCGAAAGUCGAGAAGAGCCAGUUCCUCGGCCUUGACGAGAACAACUUCACCUGCGUCUAUACCCAUACUCAGAGUGACAGUGGCUCAAACGAGGAGAACGCCAGCUUGAGCUUCACUCUGCACGAACAGUACGGUCAUCCGGACGGCAGUGAUGCGAGCAAGCCCGUACAGUCGAAGAAGGAACUCAUCCGGAAGUGCAAGUAUGCGCCGCAAACGCUGCCCGGCGAGGAGCCCGAGUUUUUCCAGCGGCUCGAUUACUUCAGAGAGCCGUUCCUCUUCUCCUGGGACCAGCUCACCGUAUUCCUCAAGACACUUACGGAAAAGAUGGCUGAAGCGGUCAAUCCGGAGGGCGACGAGGACGAGGACGAUGAACUGAAGGAAGACGAGGGAGCAAGGGUGUAGACAGGGAGGUGAUUCUUAUUGAUUAACGAAUGAUCAUACCUCCGAACUCUCUAUGUGUAAGUUAAAUGCCGCUCUGCAGGAAGGAGAAUGUGGAUGUAUAAUU